AUGGUUAUUCAUGGUGGUAUGAUUCGUAGGUGGCAUUUCAGGUUCGAGGCUUCUUGGUUGUUGGAAAACUCUUGUGAGGAUGAAGAACAACGGUUAUGGAAUGAGUAUACUGAUUGUUUGUCGGAGAGGCUCAAUUUCGUGAGUCAUGGUCUUGAUGAGUGGUUCAAAGGGAUAUGUAAAAAGAGGAGUUUCACUGCUAGUGUCCUUAAGAAGAAAUUGGAGGCUCUGGUUGAAUUACAACCAAUAGAGGAGGUGUUGGGUGAAAUAAUAGACACAAAGUUGCAACUUAAUCUCGAGUUAGACAAAUCUGAAUUGUAUUGGGAACAACGUGCCAAGGUGAAUUGGCUAAGGUUUGGUGAUAACAACACUGCUUUUUUUCAUCAUUUUACCUCCAAUAGACGACAUAAGAAUAAAAUAACAACCCUCAAAACAGAUGAUGGUUUAAUUGUUAAUAUCGAGGUGGGAAUAAGAGAUGUUGCUAGAGAUUAUUUCUUGACUUUAUUUACAUCCAAUGUGAGGCAGGUGGAUGAUAGAAUUAUGAAUGACAUAGCCACUAGCAUUACAGCUAACAUGAAUACUGAGCUGCUUCGACCUUUUUACAAUUAA